UUCCCCCAGAUCUCAUAUAAAAAGACCAGUGAGAACCUGGCUGCAGUUUUUCUUGUCGGAAGGUACCAGAGCGAUAGCGUCCUUGUCUCACUUCAUAAUGGAUUGGAUCAAGCUGUUCUUCCUCCACCCUGUAUCGUUUUAUCAAGGGGCUGCUUUUCCUUUUGCACUUCUGUUUAAUUAUCUCUGCCUCUGGGAUUCAUUUUCUACUCAGGCCAGGUACCUUUUCCUCCUGGCUGGAGGAGGCGUGCUGGCCUUGGCUGCCAUGGGUGUCUAUGCUGUGCUUAUCUUCAUCCCUGCGGUCUGCGCCGUGGUUCUGGUCUCCUCGCUUGGCCCACAGGAUGUCCACAGGUGGACUUUCUUCUUUCAGAUGAGCUGGCAGACCCUGUGUCACCUGGGUCUGCACUAUACUGAGUACUAUUUGCAAGAGCCUCCUUCCCUGAGGUUCUGCAUCACUCUUUCUUCCCUCAUGCUCUUGACUCAGAGGGUCACAUCCCUCUCUCUGGACAUUUGUGAGGGAAAAGUGGAAACAGCAACAGGAGACAUCAGGAGCAGGAGCUCUUUGUCUGAGCAUCUGUGUAAGGCUCUGCCCUAUUUCAGCUACUUCCUCUUUUUUCCUGCUCUGCUGGGAGGUCCUCUGUGCUCCUUCCAGAGAUUUCAGGCUCACAUUCAAGCAUCCAGCUCUUUGUGUGGCUACACUUUCUGGGCUCUGACCCACAGGGUCCUGAAGAUUCUUGGAUUAGAGUGCCUAAAGGUGGCCCUGAGAGGCGUGGUGAGUGCAGGAGCAGGACUGACUGACUGCCAGCAGUUCGAAUGUAUUUAUGUCCUGUGGUCCACGGCCGGGCUCUUCAAACUCACCUACUACUCCCAGUGGAUCCUGGAUGAUUGGCUCCUCCAUGCAGCUGGCUUUGGGCCUGCGUUUGACCGAAGCACUGGUGACGAGGGAUAUAUCCCUGAUGCAGACAUCUGGACACUGGAAACUUCCCACAGGCUAUCCCUGUUCACAAGAAAGUGGAACCAGAGCACAGCCCGGUGGCUGCGCCGGCUGGUGUUCCAGCAAAGCAGGGUCUGGCCGCUGUUGCAGACCUUUGCCUUCUCGGCCUGGUGGCAUGGGCUCCACCCAGGACAAGUGUUUGGCUUCCUGUGCUGGGCUGUGAUGGUAGAAGCUGACUAUCUGAUUCAUGCCUUUGCCAACUCGUCUAUCAGAUCCUGGCCUCUGAAGCUGCUCUACAGAACUCUCACCUGGGCCCACACCCAGCUGAUUGUUGCCUACAUAAUGCUGGCUGUGGAAGGCAGGAGCCUCUCUUCCCUUUGGUCCCUGUGUAAUUCCUAUAAUAGUGCCUUUCCCAUGGUAUACUGUAUUUUACUUUUUUUAUUACUGAAGAGAAAGCACAAAGUUAACUGACAUCUUUCCUUGUCUUUCACCUUAUCCACUCAUGAAACAGUUUAGGAAUUGAGAGAUAAUGCACAAUGCUAUGUAUGUUUCAACUUUUCCAUAAUAAAAUGUUUUGCAUAUUAGAUGGAUAUACCCAAUGACUUAUCAUAAAAAGCUAACUGUAAGAAGGUACUCUGCUGCUACUGAGGAUACAAAACAAAAACACAAGAUUUCUCCCCUUCAAGUUUAUUUUUCUAGGUGUGGAAGCAAAGUUUAAGUGAAGUAAUAUAUAAAAACACAAGGGGGCUGGGAACAUACUUGAGCACUUGCCCAGCAUGAACAAGGUCCUGGGUUCCAUCCCCAGCACUGCAAAACCAAACAGAAAACAACACAAGGUACUGAACACCACAUGGGAAAUGGUGUGUGUGUGUGUAUGUAUGUGUGUGUGUGUAUAUAUAUA